AUGACACAAACUACUUUACUUCAGUAUGAGGCCCCUUGGCCCGUCCACGCCAUCGACUGGUGCAAGUCGCCCUCGCCCGGCCACCAGUCUCGUCCUCGAUCCGCCUUUCGUCUCGCAAUCGCUUCGUUCACAGAAGACUAUCGGAAUCGCAUCGCAGUCGUCGGCCUCCAAGACGAACGAGUCCUCGUUGAAGACGACUACACUGACUAUCCCGACUUCGUAACCCUCGUUGAGGCCAAUCACGGCUAUCCAGCAACGAAUCUACAGUGGCAGCCUGCAAGCGCGACAGGCUUCCCCUGGACCGGCAAGUCUCCAAGCACCGAGUUGCUAGCCACCACGUCGGACGCGUUGAGGGUGUGGGAGUACUCUGGCGAUGCGCCCCUGGCGUCGUCUGCGUAUGUGGGGAGACAGCCCAGCGGGGGUGGACAUCGGCUGACGCUCAAAACUGGCCUCUCCGGGCAAUCAAAAGUGCAAAACCAGGCCUCAGGGGCACCGUUGACGAGCUUCUCGUGGAACGAAAAGGCACCUAGUCUCAUCGUGACAUCGUCCAUAGACACUACGUGUACGGUUUGGAACAUCGACACAGCAACCGCUAUCACGCAACUCAUUGCACACGAUCGCGAAGUGUACGAUGUUGCCUGGCUGCCUGGUUCAACGGACAUAUUUGUCUCCGUCGGUGCCGACGGGAGCCUUCGCGCCUUCGAUUUACGGAGUCUGGAGCACUCGACGAUUCUGUACGAGACACCCGCGCCGAAGAAUGCUCCUCCGCCUUCAGCCACAUCCCGUCUUCCUACAUCCCCCCUCCUGCGCAUCGCAUUCAAUCCUACCGAUUCUAACUACAUGUCGACAUUCCAUAUGGACGGGACAGACGUCCAGAUUCUCGAUAUGCGAAGCCCUGGACAGCCCGUCAUCGAACUUAGGGGACACCGCAGUCAAGUAAAUGCUAUGGGCUGGAGCACAACGGACCAUCCCCUCCUCGCCACAGCUAGUGAUGACUCUCAGGUGUUGCUCUGGGAUCUGGCAGCAUACACACAAACUGCGACAUCACCACGCGCGGCCAAUGCGCGUCUGAACUCGCCCCGACCGGACGUCAAGAAGCGCGUAGUCACAGAUCCGAUCAUGGCAUAUUCUGCUAGCGGCGAGGUAACGAAUCUGGCGUGGUCCCCGCAGAUACCAGGGAUGACGAUGAAUACCGGCCAUACGACCGCGCCUGGCGAAUGGUUGGCAAUCACCAGCGGAAAGUCGAUAAAGGCGCUGAAGGUUUAA